GUGCAGUUGCAACCGGGAUAGUCCAGCUUGCGCUUGGUGCGCCUGCGCAGAAGCGAGGCGCGCCGGGGCGACUGGAGCGGUUCCCUCGCAGGCGGCGCCAUUUUGUGCUAGGAGCCUGAUAAAACCGGCCCGGUUCUGUGGAAAGUGGGCGGCGGAGCCAGGGUCCCUGGAAUGGCGGAGACUCUGUCAGGCCUAGGAGAUUCUGGAGCGGCGGGCGCGGCGGCUCUGAGCUCCGCCUCGUCAGAGACCGGAACGCGGCGCCUCAGCGACCUGCGAGUGAUCGAUCUGCGGGCGGAGCUGAGGAAACGGAAUGUGGACUCGAGCGGCAACAAGAGCGUUUUGAUGGAGCGGCUGAAGAAGGCAAUUGAAGAUGAAGGUGGUAAUCCUGACGAAAUUGAAAUUACCUCCGACGGAAACAAGAAAACAUCGAAGAGGUCCAGCAAAGGGCGCAAACCAGAAGAAGAGGGUGUGGAAGAUAACGGGCUGGAGGAAAACUCUGGGGAUGGACAGGAGGAUGUUGAGACCAGUCUGGAGAACUUGCAGGACAUCGACAUCAUGGAUAUCAGUGUAUUGGAUGAGGCAGAGAUUGAUAAUGGAAGCGUUGCAGAUUGUGUCGAAGACGAUGAUGCUGAUAACCUCCAGGAGUCCCUGUCGGAUAGUAGAGAGCUAGUCGAGGGGGAAAUGAAAGAGCUUCCGGAGCAGCUUCAGGAACAUGCUAUAGAGGACAAAGAAACUAUAAACAAUUUAGAUACUUCAUCAUCUGACUUCACUAUAUUACAGGAAAUUGAAGAGCCAUCCCUGGAGCCAGAAAAUGAGAAAAUACUCGACAUUUUGGGGGAAACUUGUAAAUCUGAGCCAGUAAAAGAAGAAAGUUCCGAGCUGGAGCAGCCAUUUGCACAGGACACAAGUAGCGUGGGGCCAGACAGAAAGCUUGCGGAGGAAGAGGACCUAUUUGACAGCGCCCAUCCGGAAGAGGGUGAUUUAGAUUUGGCCAGCGAGUCAACAGCACACGCUCAGUCGAGCAAGGCAGACAGCCUGUUAGCGGUAGUGAAAAGGGAGCCCGCGGAGCAGCCAGGCGAUGGCGAGAGGACGGACUGUGAGCCUGUAGGGCUAGAGCCGGCAGUUGAGCAGAGUAGUGCGGCCUCCGAGCUCGCGGAGGCCUCUAGCGAGGAGCUCGCGGAAGCACCCACGGAAGCCGCAAGCCCAGAAGCCAGAGAUAGCAAAGAAGACGGGAGGAAGUUUGAUUUUGAAGCUUGUAAUGAAGUCCCUCCGGCUCCUAAAGAGUCCUCAACCAGUGAGGGCGCUGAUCAGAAAAUGAGUUCUCCCGAAGAUGACUCGGAUACAAAAAGGCUUUCCAAAGAGGAAAAGGGUCGCAGCAGUUGUGGUAGAAAUUUCUGGGUUAGUGGACUCUCUUCUACAACCAGAGCUACAGAUUUGAAGAAUCUUUUCAGCAAAUAUGGGAAGGUGGUGGGCGCCAAGGUUGUGACAAAUGCCCGGAGUCCUGGAGCUCGCUGUUACGGUUUUGUCACGAUGUCUACAGCAGAAGAGGCCACAAAAUGCAUUAACCACCUGCACAAGACGGAGCUCCACGGAAAGAUGAUCUCCGUGGAGAAAGCCAAAAAUGAACCUGUGGGAAAGAAAACCUCUGACAAAAGAGACAGUGACGGGAAAAAGGAGAAGUCGAGCAACAGUGACAGAUCUGCAAACCUUAAGAGGGAUGAUAAAUGUGACAGAAAAGAUGAUGCUAAGAAGGGUGAAGACGGAAGUGGAGAAAAGAGUAAGGACCAAGAUGAUCAGAAACCUGGCCCCUCAGAGCGAUCUCGAGCCACAAAGUCAGGAAGUCGAGGGACCGAGCGGACUGUAGUAAUGGAUAAAUCCAAAGGGGUGCCUGUGAUUAGUGUAAAAACAUCUGGGUCCAAAGAGAGAGUGAGUAUUAAUUUUCUAACUAAGCUAUUUUGUUCUUUUCAAAAGGAAAGUGUGGGUUCUGGGGAUAAAAUGAGUAGCUCCAGGAAAUGUUGGAUAAAUGAGGCCCACAGGGUACGUGAGCGCAGUGAACGCGAACAACGCAUGCAGGCGCAGUGGGAGCGCGAGGAGCGUGAGCGGCUGGAGAUUGCCCGAGAAAGGCUGGCCUUCCAGCGCCAGCGGCUGGAGCGUGAGCGCAUGGAGCGAGAGCGGCUGGAGCGCGAGCGCAUGCACGUGGAGCACGAGCGCAGGCGCGAGCAGGAGCGCAUCCACCGUGAGCGCGAGGAGCUGCGGCGCCAGCAGGAACUGCGCUACGAGCAGGAGCGGCGGCCUGCGGUGCGGCGGCCCUACGACCUGGACCGGCGAGAUGAUGCCUAUUGGCCAGAAGCCAAGCGGGCCGCCCUGGAUGAGCGCUACCAUUCUGACUUUAACCGCCAGGACCGCUUCCACGACUUUGACCACAGGGACCGCGGUCGCUACCCCGACCACUCGGUGGACAGGAGAGAAGGUUCAAGGUCAAUGAUGGGAGAACGAGAAGGACAGCAUUACCCAGAACGCCAUGGAGGACCAGAGCGCCACGGCCGGGACUCCCGCGAUGGCUGGGGGGGCUAUGGCUCCGACAAGAGGAUGAGUGAGGGCCGGGGGCUGCCUCCUCCCCCCAGACGUGACUGGGGGGACCAUGGCCGAAGAGAGGAUGACCGGGCAUGGCAGGGCACGGCUGACGGUGGCAUGAUGGACAGGGAUCACAAGAGGUGGCAAGGUGGUGAGAGAAGCAUGUCCGGUCACUCGGGGCCUGGCCACAUGAUGAACCGAGGAGGGAUGUCAGGGCGCGGCAGCUUUGCCCCAGGCGGGGCCUCCCGGGGCCACCCCAUCCCACACGGUGGCAUGCAAGGCGGGUUCGGAGGCCAGAGCCGGGGGAGCAGGCCCAGCGACGCCCGCUUCACUCGCCGCUACUGAGUACUUGGAAUCCUGUGUCCUGUCACGUGGCAACAAGGCUAUGUUCUGUUAGGAGUUAUCUUAAACUGUGUAAAAAUAUUUUUUUUUUAAUCUGCUGCCAUAUUGUAGCUCAAUACAAUGUGAAUUUUGUUUUUCGUUUUGGGGGUUUUUUUUUUUUUUGUAAUAAAUGUGUUUCCGUUCACAUACCCUUUA